GGAGAAAGAAAUGAAGAGAAGAGGAGUAGGGAGGUGAGGAAGAGAGGAUAUAGUGGUGGCCUAUUGGGACACCAUCAAUUGGGUGAAAGGUGGGAUCUUUGGGGGGGUUGGAAGGGAAGAAGGGGAGAUGGGGAACGUGACAUCGUUGGUGGCGGCACGGUUCGCGUUCUUCCCGCCGGAGCCGGCGACGUACGAGGUGUUCCGGGAGAGGGGAGGGGAUGGGAGGCUCUGCCUGACGGGGCUGUCGCCGGAGAAGAACGUGGAGGUGCACCUGGUGGAGACCCGCGCCGGGAACCGAGUGGUGGCCACGUUCUGGCGCCACCCCCGCGCCCGCUUCACCGUCCUCUACUCCCACGGCAAUGCCGCUGACCUCGGUCAGAUGCUCGACCUCUUCCUUGAGCUCCGCGCUCACCUCCGCGUGAAUAUCAUGAGUUACGAUUUCUCAGGCUAUGGAGCAUCGACGGGGAAGCCAUCUGAAUUCAACACAUACUAUGACAUAGAAGCAGUAUAUGAUUGUCUGAAGAAAGAGUAUGGAAUAAGACAGGAGGAUCUCAUUUUGUAUGGCCAGUCUGUUGGUAGCGGACCAACAUUGCACCUCGCUGCACGAUUACAGAAACUGAGAGGCGUCGUUCUCCAUAGUGCAAUUCUCUCGGGCAUACGUGUCUUGUAUCCUGUGAAAGUGACAUUCUGCUUUGAUAUCUUUAAAAACAUUGACAAGAUACGACAAGUCAACUGCCCAGUCUUUGUUAUACAUGGAACGGCUGAUGACAUCGUCGACUGGACUCAUGGGAAACGUUUGUGGGAACUAUCCAAAAUAAAAUAUGAUCCCUUGUGGAUCAAGGGUGGUGGUCACUGCAACUUAGAGACAUAUCCUGAAUAUAUCAAGCAUUUGCGAAAAUUUAUUAAUGCCAUGGAGAAACUUCCACUUGUGAAACAGAACAACCAAAGCAGGCUUCCGACAUCAACCAUCACAGAAUCAAAACAUAACAAGUGUUUGAGAUUUGGCAAGAGAUAGCUGUUCAAACGACGCCCUGUAGGUUCAUCUGCAUCUAUGCCUCAAUCCUUUGCACGAGUCUGUCUGUCUUCAACGGGCACUGCAUGAGCU